CUCCCGCACUCCCGUUUCGAGACCACCUCCAGCUGGCCGACCCUCCCCCACUCGUCCUCACCCAACUCCCACCGGAGUUUGCUAUUGUGGCCUCGAUCCUGCGACCGACGACAGCAUUCUUAUCGGCACUCACAUCCUUCGCGCAUCGGCUUUGGUAGUUGCCGUUCACGUUUACUGCAGCAUCGGAUAACAGACCCCCGCCUCACCAGUCACCAUGGUCGUGGCUACUAUCAAAUGCGUCGUCGUCGGAGACGGUGCUGUAGGCAAGACAUGCCUCCUGAUCAGCUAUACCACAAACAAAUUCCCUUCAGAAUACGUGCCGACCGUGUUCGACAACUACGCGGUUACUGUGAUGAUCGGCGACGAGCCGUACACCCUCGGCCUCUUUGAUACUGCCGGUCAGGAGGAUUAUGAUCGUCUCCGCCCUCUUUCCUAUCCCCAGACGGAUGUAUUCCUCGUCUGCUUCUCGGUAACUUCGCCUGCCUCAUUCGAGAACGUGCGUGAGAAAUGGUUCCCGGAAGUCCACCAUCAUUGCCCCGGCGUUCCCUGCCUCAUCGUUGGCACGCAAGUAGAUCUUCGCGACGAUGCCGCGGUGUGCAGCAAGCUGGCCAAGCAGCGGAUGCAGCCAGUCAGACGCGAGGACGGCGAGCGCAUGGCGAAGGAGCUCGGUGCUGUCAAAUACGUCGAGUGCUCAGCUUUGACCCAAUACAAAUUGAAGGAUGUGUUCGACGAGGCCAUCGUGGCGGCCCUCGAACCCCCACCAAAAACGAAGGAAAAGAAGAAAUGUGUGGUGUUGUAGUCGUGGGCUAGACGUGAGGUAACACAGGAGCAAUACCUCUCCAUGGCAAGCCAUCAUCCUUGUUUUUCUUGCCAAGCAUUUCAUCUGGCACGGCGUGGUUUCUUGG